CUAGGGCAAAUUUUCACCGUCUCGGCAAAACCCUCUGCUUAAUUCUCCAGCGACCCCGACUGAUCCCCAUCUGCGAUACGGAACGGUCUUCGAGGCUGACUUCUCACUUUACGCACUCGUCGACACACUUCGCACAUCACCCCCAUCGAAGAUAAUAAAGAUGUCGUCGGGCAAGGUUAAGGCCGUCCAGCUCUGGGACAAGAGCAAGGAUGAUUUGACGAAGCAGCUCGCCGAGCUCAAGACCGAGUUGGGCCAGCUCCGCAUCCAGAAGAUCGCUUCGUCCGGCUCCAAGCUGAACAAGAUCCACGACCUGCGAAAGUCCAUCGCCCGCGUCCUCACCGUCAUCAACGCCAAGCAACGCUCGCAGCUCCGUCUGUUCUACAAGAACAAGAAGUACGCCCCCCUCGACCUCCGCGCCAAGCAGACCCGUGCCAUCCGCCGCCGCCUGUCACCCGAGGACAAGGCCCGCGUCCUGGAGAAGACCAAGAAGCGCAGCACCCACUUCCCCCAAAGGAAGUACGCCAUCAAGGCCUAAGUGUAUGCAGGGCUUGAGGGGCGAAUGGAGCGUCAAGGGUAGACGAACAAGGGUUGGUAUCGAGGCGUGGCGUGCUUUUUCUCUGAACAAAAGGCUUCCGAACUUGCAUCGCAUGGCUCUGGGGAAUCUCGGUCUGAUUUGUACUUGUUUCCCGGUAUGGGCCUCGUUCUGGGGGGGCGGAACGGCCGUCCGCCAUGGGCCGCUCAAUCAGCAGCCUUAUAAAUCAAAAAAAAUGAGG